AAAGAAAAAAAAGAGAGAGAAUUUAUUUUAUUGAUCUCUCGUAUCUAUCUCCGUUCUCUUCAUCAUCGUCGUCGCCAUCAUCAUUUGAGCUCAUAUUUCAUUGAUUUUAACUCCUCGCGAUUGAUCCUCCUCACCUGAUCCGAUAUCUUCAGCCGGCGGCACAUUGAAAUCUUCUUCUUCACUUGCCGCAGAUGAGACAUAGAUCUACCGGAGCUGCCGGAUUCAGGCGAUUUCAAAUGCUCAGUGCUUGAAAUCUGGUAUUUUGGGGAAGGAAUUUGUGAAAUAUAAGCUGAAAGUCAUUCAUCAGCACUUCUUUCUUCGAGAAAGUUUAGGUUGAAGUUCGGAGGGGCCGGAGCUGAUUCCCGGGGCUUCCAUCAUCGCCAUUGCUGUUCAUUUCAGGUCGGGGAACUUGAGAUCUCAUAUCAUGCUACGACAACCCAAGAACCGUCAGAUUUCGGAUAAGGAACUUCCAGCUGAAGGGAGAUCUUUUCGCAUUCUAUGGAACGGGAUAAGCAUUUAACUUAUCAGUAGAUCCAUGCUUCGCCUUCUUCUGUUGUUUCGGCAGAGAUUGCUUUUUUUCUAAAGCCAUGGUCUUGGCUUCACCCAAGAGUUCGUCUCAGAUGGCUGCAUUUCCCAAGGCGCUCUCGGCCAUUGCAGUCUCUGUAGGAGGGCUAGCAGUGUUCUUAAUUAUCGCUUCGAUGCUUCUACUUUCUCAUCCUAUUGGUUUGAGGGUUCAAGGUUAUUUUAAUGGCGUUGACAGUUCAACAAAGGCGGACCUCGAAGUUCCUUUUGCUAAUCAGACCACGGCUGACCAUUCGCAUGAUAACAACAUUGAAUUGUUUGACAAAGAAGCUACAUAUAAGUCUUCUUUGGAGGUGCCUGUGACUGCACAUGCCCCUCCUAGAGUCUCAGAAUAUAAAGAAGCUGAAAAUAAACCAAAACCGGUUCCCCCAGUGUCUUCUGUUGUACCAGAGAAGCGUGUUGUCGGAAAGGAUAACGUGAAUGACAAAGUAGACGAAGAUGUCACUUCAACUCCUGUGAAUGAAUCCGAGAAUUCCACAUCAUCGGCGACAACAGAGUCACCGUCCUUUCCUGGCAGGGCCCAUAAUACUUCUUCAGUUGGAUCAAGUUGUGAUCUGUAUCAUGGAAGUUGGUUUUACGAUCCACUGGGGCCACUGUACACAAACAACACAUGCCCAGUUCUUACACAGAUGCAGAACUGCCAGGGGAACGGGAGGCCCGACAUGGAAUAUGAGAACUGGCGGUGGAAACCAUCUCAGUGUGAACUCCCAAGAUUUGAUCCAAAGAAAUUUUUGGAGUUGAUGAGAGGAAAAACUUUAGCUUUCAUUGGAGACUCGGUUGCACGUAACCAAAUGGAGUCAUUGCUGUGCCUCCUCUGGCAGGCCGAAGCGCCCAAGAACCGAGGCAACCGGAGGAUGCAGCGAUGGUUCUUCCGGUCAACAUCUACAAUGAUUGUCCGGAUGUGGUCAUCGUGGCUCGUCCAGCCGACCUCCGAGCCAAUUGAUUUUGCUCCGGAGGGCGUGACGAAGCUCCAUCUUGAUUCACCGGAUAAAGAUAUCAUGGAAUUCCUCCCGGGAUUUGAUGUUGUUGUCCUCUCCUCAGGCCAUUGGUUUGCUAAGCAGUCUGUUUAUGUCUUGAACAAUGAGAUUGUGGGCGGGCAAUUGUGGUGGCCUGACAAGUCUCGCCCCAUGAAGAUCAACAACAUUGAAGCAUUUGGGAUUUCUGUCGAGACAAUUCUCACGGCUAUUGUCUUGCAUCCGAAUUAUACUGGUCUGACUAUCAUGCGUUCCUACUCACCUGACCACUAUGAGGGUGGAGCAUGGAAUACUGGUGGAUCAUGCACUGGGAAGGUUCGUCCUCUAGCAGUUGGAGAAUUGGUGGAGAAUGGUUUCACAAACAUAAUGCACGAGAAACAAGUGACGGGUUUUAACCAUGCAGUUGGGAAGACUACGAAUAACUCAAAGAUGAGGCUGAUGGAUAUCACUGAGGCAUUUGGAUACCGUCAUGAUGGGCAUCCAGGCCCAUAUAGAAGUCCAGACCCGAACAAGAUCACAAAACGUGGGGCCGACGGGAGGCCGCCCCCGCAGGAUUGCCUACACUGGUGCAUGCCAGGCCCAGUCGAUACCUGGAACGAGCUUGUGCUCGAGAUCAUACGGAGGGAAUUCGAAGGCAAGUAAUUGUCCAGUGUGGAAUAUUCUUUUGCAUUCUCCUAUUCAACUCUAGUUGAUUCCGUAAUCUAUUCCACUGAACCAAAGCUAGAUAGAUGAGUAGAAUAACGGCUAGAUGGAUUUGAUUUUCUCUCCUUCCCAAUUAACGGGAGGUAGGGAAAAAUCAUGAGAUGUUCUACUAGUUGAGGAUAUCAUCUAAGUGUCCCAUAUUAAUCAUAUUGUACAUGACCUGGGUUCACAAGACCAUUCAGUAGAAUAAGAACUCCGACCCGAUACAUGUUAGUCAUAUGUAAGAACAUAUUUAUUCAUAUUUGUAUCAUUUGAUUUGAGGAGUGAUAUAUACAUAUAAUUUAGGACAAAA